AUGCUACAAGCAUUUAUGGCUGAUGUUAUUUUUCCAAAUAAACAUGAAGAUAAACAGUAUAAAUAUACAGAUGAUAGUCAUUUACUUAUUUCGGAAACUUAUAUUGGUGUAAAUGUUGAAGUAUUUGAGUCAGAUGUUUUUCAUAGUGAUAUAUCAUGUCGAUUUAAAAUUGUUCCUGGAACAGUUGAAUAUUUAAUUGAUAAUAUUGAUCGAACACUUCAACAAUCAAUUGAAAUUGAAGAAAAAUUAUCAAUAGAUCUAAUAGAAAAUUUAUCUGAAAUUAAAGAAGAUGUUCUUCAACGAUUACAGCAUUUAAAAAAUUUUCGUAAUCGUCUUGAAAAUCCUAAUAUAUAUCAUUUAGAUGUUGGUGCUAUGUAUUCAAAUAUAAUUAUAACAAAUCGUUUACGACCAUCAGCUGUUGUUGAUUCAACAAUAUGUGCUCAAUGUAAUUUAAAUCGUCCAAAUGCACAUUGUCAACGUAAAAUGGAUUGGAUAUGGCGUGGUACAUAUGUUCCUGCUACACGUAAUGAAUUACAACGUAUUCAAUUACAACUUGAAAAUGAACGAUUUUCAUUUAAUGCUAACAAUAAUCAUAAUAAUAAUAUUCUAUCAUUUCAUGAAUUACCACAAGAAGCUCAAUUAUCAAUUGAACGUAAACGUUUAGCUGAUUAUUGUCGUGCUCGUUGGCAUCGAACGAAAAUGGAUGGUAUUGUAUGUACAAUAAGUUCAAUUAUUAUCAAACGUAUUCGAGAACUUGUUGAACAAAUUGGACGAUCACUUGAACUUGAUACAGUAAGAUAUCUAAUUUUUCAAACAUAA